UCCCGGCCCCUCACUCCCCGGGGAGAAGCCGGCGGUGUCGGGAACUACAACUCCCAGAGUUCCCCCCGCGGGGCCGCUCGGCCAGUCUGUGUGUGUGUGUGAGAGAGAGUGUUGAGGUUGGGGGGGGUGGUGGAAGGUGCGCGGUGCUGAGUGUCAACAUGGCGGCCGGGAGACAGACAAAGACGAGUCAGGCGGCUGGGAUGUGAGCGGCGGGGGGAGAGCUGAGGAGCCGAGGGCGGACAUCACCACCCCGGAGAGAGAGUGAGGGCCCGCCGCCGCUGCCGGGCUGUACACCGCUACUGUACAGAUCUAGACUCUUGGAGACCCCAGCAGAGAGCCUCACCCUUUUGGAUCAGGAGCCUAGGCCCAGUCUCUUCCGGCAUGGUACCCAGCGGUGGCUGGCAUCAUCUAUGAACCUUCUGCUAUGCGUCCAUCUGCAGACGGCAGUGCUUUAAGAGUAAUCGUUAUUCAUUUCCAAUAAAAAAAAAAAUGGAACUGGGCGUCAAACCCGAGAGAGAGAAAAGCCGCGUCGCCAGCCGUGAUCAGUAUAGUCUGCCAGAAACCAUGUCACAUUACACAGAUGAACCCAGAUUCACCAUAGAGCAGAUAGACCUGCUGCAACGUCUGCGACGCACCGGAAUGACCAAACAUGAAAUCCUACACGCGCUGGAGACGUUGGACCGCCUGGACCAAGAACACAGUGACAAAUUUGGAAGGAGGUCCAGCUAUGGGAGCAGCACUUAUAACAGCACCAACAAUGUCCCUGCCUCUUCUUCCACUGCCACCGCUUCAACACAGACCCUCCAUUGUGGCAUGUCCCCAUCGCCCAGCAAUAGCUGUGACACCUCGCCGCAACCUUGCACUACCAACCAGAACGGGAGAGAAAGCAAUGAGAGGAUCCCGACAUCCAAUGGGAAGAUGUCUCCAACACGUUAUCAUGCCAACAGCAUUGGACCAAGGUCGUAUAGCUUUGAAGCAUCGGAGGAGGAUCUUGAUGUUGAUGACAAGGUGGAAGAGUUAAUGAGGAGGGACAGUAGCGUCAUUAAAGAAGAAAUUAAAGCCUUUCUGGCGAAUCGAAGAAUAUCGCAGGCUGUGGUUGCACAGGUCACAGGCAUCAGUCAGAGCAGGAUCUCUCACUGGCUGCUCCAGCAAGGCUCCGAUUUAAGCGAGCAGAAGAAAAGAGCUUUCUAUCGGUGGUACCAGCUGGAGAAGACGAGUCCUGGUGCAACUCUAAGUAUGAGACCAGCUCCCAUCCCUAUAGAUGACACAGAGUGGAGGCAAACCCCACCCCCUGUCACCGCUACCUCCGGUACAUUCAGGUUACGACGGGGCAGUCGGUUCACCUGGAGGAAAGAAUGCCUGGCUGUCAUGGAAAGCUAUUUUAAUGAAAACCAGUAUCCCGAUGAGGCCAAGCGAGAGGAAAUUGCCAAUGCGUGCAAUGCGGUUAUACAGAAACCAGGCAAGAAACUAUCGGAUCUGGAGCGAGUUACCUCCUUGAAAGUGUACAAUUGGUUUGCCAACAGGCGGAAGGAAAUCAAAAGAAGAGCUAAUAUUGAAGCAGCAAUCCUGGAGAGUCAUGGGAUCGAUGUCCAAAGUCCAGGAGGGCAUUCGAAUAGUGAUGACGUGGAUGGCAACGAUUACUCUGAACAGGAUGACAGCACCAGUCACAGUGACCACCAAGACCCCAUCUCCUUAGCCGUCGAAAUGGCUGCAGUCAACCACACCAUCCUGGCGCUGGCCCGGCAGGGGACGGGAGAGAUCAAGACAGAGGCUCUGGACGAUGACUGAGACCCCCAAACUGCAGCGGGGAAAGGGUCAAAAUCGAAAGUUUCUUAGAUUUUAGACGUAGCACCUUAGCAAUCUUUUUCCUCGGUCCUUAAUGUGUGUUCCUAUAUCAGUAUAACUGCAGUCUCUUGUCCGUAAAGUUAGCUGGUAGGGUCUCGUCCUGUGAAGAUGGCAUAGUGCCCAUAUUCACAUCCGCUCUUCUCAGUAUUAAUUCUAGCCAUAUUCCUUCCCUUCCCUGGGUCUAGAACAUUUGACUCCAUUCAGGCAUUCCAAUUUUACAAGUGCUUCCAGCCCCCCCACCUUAUGCUUCUCUUUCCUUAAGCACCUUUUAAGUGUAUUUUUUUAAAGACUUUCUCGAACGUAGGGAGCGUUGAAGCAAUGUAUGAAGACACGACUAAGUAUGUGAAAUACGGGGUAAGAUGCUUCAGUUGGCAGACUGCCUUAGCCUGAGAAUUCAAUUUUUUUAUCUUAAUCCUGUAUUAUUUAAGUUGGUUGCCAGUUCCUACCAGCAUCCAUUGCAUUUGCAAAAUAAUUAUUGCGCAAAUUUUUGUCUGAAUGUCUAGAUCAGCCUUUCUCAACCUUUUUAGCCCAGAGGAAAUACAUUUUAGUUCUCGUAGAACUCCUGCGAAGACCAAUUCUUUGGGGGAGGGGGUUGGUCAAUGGGGAAAAAUGCCCCCUAUGAUGGUGGUCAGCAGGAAGAUUGCUCUUUACAUUGGUGACCAGUGGAAGAAUGUCCCUUAAAUUGGUGGCCAGUGGGAGGAAUGUCCUUUACACUGGUGGCCAGUGAGUGGAAUGUCCCUUACCUUGGUGGCCAGUGGGAACAAUGUUCUUUGCACUGGUGGCCAGUGAGUGGAAUGUCCCUUACCUUGCUGGCCAGUGGGAACAAUUUCACUUACCUUGGUGGCCAGUGGGAACAAUGUCCCUUACCUUGGUGGUCAGUUAGAAAAAUGUCCCUUACCUUGGUGGUCAGUGCGAACAAUGUCCCUUACUUUGGUGGUUAGUGGGAACAAUGUCCCUUACCUUGGUGGCCAGUGGAAACAAUGUCCCUCACCUUGGUGACCAGUGGGAACAAUGUCCUUUACAUUGGUGGCCAGAAUGCCAUCUUUACAGAUGGUAAAAAAGAUAAUUGGUGUCCUCAGUUGGCUUUGCCAAAUGUUGGUGGCCCUGGACCUAUGAAUGCACCAUCAAAUGGUAGAUUAAUCAGCCGCAGCUCAAGGAACCCCUAGAAACCGCUGGAGAAACACUAGGGUUCCACAUAACCCUGGUUGAGAAUGGCUCUUCUAAACAAACAUAGGUUUACGGUGGUGGCCCACCGUUUGUCAAGGAAGCCCUGCCACACGCUGGAACUUAUAAUUCUUUGACAAAUGGUGGUGGACACAACAGAAAAAGCCCUUAUUUCUAAAUUAUGACAGCUGUUUUCUUUAUUGUAAAAACACUAAGAUGCAGAACAGCAAGAUAAGCACUUAAGUUGCUCUGUUACAGACUCUUAUUGGCUCCAAAGUUUGUAUGCUAAACCAGCCAUCAACCACGUUUGAGCCACGUACAACGGACUUUGAUAGAGGUCUGGCUGGUAAGGCAGUACUCUCUUCUUGUCUCUCCAAAAUAUGCCUUUUAAUUGAAACUGCCCUGACUACAGUAUUAAUUUUGCGAAUGAUGUGUCCCAAUAUAUUUUUGGAGGUUGGCAGUUGCCUAACAAAGCACUUUUAUUUGUUCUUGUGUCUACGGCAAUAGAUUUUCUGUUUGUUUUUUUCAUUAUUCUGUAUGUCUUUCUUAAAUAUAAAGAACUGGUGUCCUUUUGUGAUUUAGGCAUUCUCCAAUUUAUAAAAUGCCUAAGGCGUCACUUUUUAACUUAAACAAAUCUGUAGUACAUUCCUGCCUAUGAGCUACCCUAUUGCUGUCUGCUAAAAUCUGGUGUUUUCGCAGCUGAAAUGUAGAAGAUUAGUGCUUGAAAUUUCACAGACUUGUUUAAAAGGGAAUUUUUGCAUAGACCGCCUUGUUUUCAAACAAUACAAAAGUGCCAAAACGAUCACGUUGUGUUAUAUUUGAUGAUAAUGUUAAAUAAAUUAAGCUAGAAUGAGAUUUAAGGUGGAUUGCACACUAAUUAUACCUUUUGUAUUGUCAUCUGCAGCCUUGUGUUUACCACUGGCAGCCAUUACUCGGACCUCCUCCCAUGACAACUUUUCUGUAGGGCGGGCAGCAUGGAAUAAAGCUAUAAAGGUCACUGCCAUUGAUAAAUUGAUUGACUGUGAUAGUUCACAGAUGGGAAAAUUGCAGAUUUAUGGGUGUUUAACUAGUAGGUGUAAGGUGACCUUGUUAUUUUGAG